AUGAAAUUGGCUCGGAUCAUCGACAACGUCGAUUCCAACCAGCUUGCCAAGGAUGAUGCAGAUAUUGAGCUUUUGAUGCUCGGAAAAAGUUUGUGCCCCCUUGGACGAUCUUUGGUGCGGGGCAUUUCAGCAGCGAUGCGCCGCUUGCCGCUCGUUGCCAUAAAAAACAAGCUAACUAUUGGGGAAUGUGAGCUUUUCACCAUGUACUUUGAUCCCAUCUUGGCAUCGCUACUCUCUGAUCCUGACAGAAGAGUGCUCCUGCGCUGGUCGAAUGUCACAUCUGAUGAAAAUGGCGAGAUGCGCCCUGACGCCACAAUCUCCAAGCUGCGGCAGCGCGACUUCGGAUCCAGUCUUGGAUAUGGAGAGGUCAAAAUUGCACGCCCCACCACCGAUAACCACGCGCUAUGCCACGAUCUUUUGCGUUUGGCAACGCUAGCCAAAGAUACCAUUGAUACCAAUGCAUUGGAAGCCGCCCUGACCUUCCAGGUGCAUGGUUUUCAUAUUACCUUCUUUCUGAUUCGCCUCCGCCACGAUGGAAUCUAUGUGAUGCAAGAACUUGCACAGCUUACAUUUCCUCGAUCUUUGGAAGAACUAGCAACAUUCGUGUCCUUGAAAAAUAUGCGCACAUUGAUGAUCCUAUCUGAUACCUUUUGGCGCUUGUGCCGACCUGUCCGUGACACUCACUCAUGGCAAGAUAAACGCCGCCCCACUCAUCCCUCCAUUUACUCUUUGAUUGAUUCAACCAAAAAUAGCCACCGCUUCUGCGCCCUGCGCUUUGAUUAA